AUGGAGGAGGUCAUCACCAAAAGGCUGCUCGUCUCCGGUCUCACGCCAUCUCUUACCAUAGAGGACCUCUCGAAGCGGCUGGGAACCUUUGGCACUGUCAAGGCACUUGACGGCUUUGGGCUUUUGGAUGGUGUUGGCCAGCCGCGCAAGUUUGGGUAUGUGUCCCUUGAGACCACCAAGAAGCAGGUCGGCAGAUGUAUGAACUUACUGAGCGGGGUCACUUGGAAGGGCGCGAAGCUUCGCAUUGGCGAGGCAAAGCCAGACUUCCGAGAACGGCUUGAAAAGGAGCGUGCUGACGCUGCUGGGGAGCCACCAAAGAAACGCCGCCGCCUUCCGCGCGGUGUACAAGGCGUCCACGCCGCAGACAUGUCCCUUGUCACUCCAGAAAACGUCGCUACCCGUUCAGGCUGGCGCGUUACUCCGACCGGUCGCAUGAUACGUCCCAUUCGCAUGCGUCCUGAGCACCCGCUCCCUGAGCCGCUGCCGAGCACAUCGUCAAGCAAGAGCAAAAAGAUCGAGAAGGCGGGGAAGAAGAGGAAGCGGGUAAGAGACCCGCCCACGCGAGCGAGGAGGAAGACGAUCGACCCCACGAAGUACGGAUCGCAGCAGUUAAAAGGUGCUUUUCUUGAGUCUGCUGUGACCGUGGGCCCUGCGGUUGCUCCAUUGCGACUUGAGGUUCAAGCGUCUGAAGAGAGCGAGGAAGACGAAUCGGGCACAGAGUCUGUAGACUCUGACGUUGAAAUGAAUGUCGAGGCAUCGGCCCGCAGGAGCGAUGAUCCUGAAGCGGUCGCAGAACAGCCAGAGGAGGAUCAAACAGGGGAAGCCUCCGAUGCAGCCAUGGACGUGGACGUGUCCGGUUCCCUCAUCGAAGACAAUGUGCAGGUCGAGGAACCGCAAGACGCACCGCGCCCAGUCACGCAGACGACGAAGCUGAAAGACUUGUUCGCACCGCAAGAAGAAGAGGUCGGAUUCUCGCUGCUGGGGCACCUCGACCUCGACCUUGAAUUAGACGACGAUGUCGAACUCCAGGCCGCGUCUCAACAUCAUUCCGCACCAGAUCCUCGGUCCCACGAUUCUGCGCUCGUCCACACCCCGGCACACGCUUUCGAUCCUAAGCGCCCACGGUUCUUCCCGCUGCUACCGGACGAACGGAGACAAGGCCGCGUGCACGACGUCGUCGACCCGACCAACUGGCGAUCGUGGUUCUUCCGCGCGGACACUGCGGAGGACAUACACAAGCGGUGGGAGGAUGCGAAGGGCGAGCUGACGAGUGAAUGGAAGAGACGACAUCGAGAAGCAGUCAAGAGCCGUAGGCGGAGAGGCGGUCAGGGAGAUGGAGAGCUUUGA